AUGAGUGCAACAGAAGCAAAGAAUUUGAGUCCAUUUUAUUUAGCUUGUCGUAAUGAUGAUUUAAAUAAAGUAAAAGAAUUAAUAACAUCAAUGACAUUAGAUGAAAUAAAUAAAGUCGAAUCUAAUGGUAGUACAGCAUUACAUGCUUGCUCAUAUUAUGGACAUAAAGAGAUUGUAAAAUGUUUAUUAGAUCAUGGUUGUUCUCGUCAACAAUUAAAUAAAUAUAAAUUAACACCUGAACAAGAAGCUAAAACAGAUGAUAUUAAAAAGUUAUUUGGACGUUCAUCAUCAGGAUGCCAACAACGUUUUACUUCAUCAAAUCAAGUAGAAUUUGACUGGACAUUUAAUGAUCCAUUAACAGCAAUUAAUAAUCGUUUAUUUCAUUAUGAUCAUGGUAUAACUACAGUUACAAACAAAAUAACUUAUACAGAAGUAUUAGCACAUGAUACAGAAGGUAUGAAACAAGUACUUUAUUAUCUUGAUAAUGCAAGAAAAACAAAUGAUUUAUCAUUUGUAUUACGAGCAUAUACAGCUGAAACAGAUUUUUAUAAAAAACUAAAUUUAACAUUGGCCAUGGAUGAUUGUAGUUUAUCUAAAGCUUCGGAAGGUCAAGCAAAAAUAAAAUGGGCAGAAUGGUAUACAGGAUUAAUUGCUAACAAUUCACAAUUUAAAAAAUAUGAAUUUAAACAUGGUCAAACAUAUCGUGGUAUUAAAUGUACACAAGAGGAUUUAAAAAGAUAUGUUGUUGGUCAAGUUGUUUGUAAUAAAUCUUUUUUAUCAACAACAAAAGAUCGACACAUCGCUCAAGGGUUUGCUGGUACAACUGAUCAUAGUGAUAAAAAUAUAUCCGUUAUGUUUACAUAUAUUAUUAAAAGUGGAAAAAAUGUAACUGCAUUUUAUUUAGAAGAAGUAUCUGAAUAUCCAAGUGAAAAAGAAGUUUUAAUAUUACCACAAGCAAUAUUUAUAGUAAAAAAUAUUUUAAAACAACAAGAAAAUGGCAAAGAUAAAUAUCAAGUUGAACUUGAAGAAGAUGAAAAAGAAUAUAAAAUGUAA